AUGCACGACGUCAUCGUACUGGCCGAGACGAGGCGACGUCACCUUCUCAACGCCGUAUAUAAAACUGGAGAAGAACUGUUCUUAGGAACAUGCGACGCUAAAGGUUUUGGUGAAAAUGGCGUCCUCGUCAACACGAAUAUGGCAAAGAACAUCGACUCUUUCAAACAACUUACGACCCGAAUCGGAUGUCUGCGGAUGAAAAGAUGUGGUCCAACCCCUACUUUGACUAUCUUCGUCGCUUACGCUCCAACAUCAAGCUACGAAGAAGAAGUCGAAGCUCCCUAUAUGGACCUGGAGAAGUUCUGCCGAGGAGAUCGUUCCUUUCACAAGGUCCCAAUUGGCGAUUUUAACGCCAAAGAUGGCCCAAGAAGAACGCCUGAGGGACUUCACAUCGGGACCCACGGCCUACAAUGA